UUCAAGAGCAGUGUUUGUCGCUUGUUUUGUUGCAGUCGAAAGCUCGUUUGUAACUUCUGUCCACGUUAUUAUCACAUUAAUUAAGGGCUCUUUUCAAUGACAGAGGAUUUUAGGCUGUACAGUUUUAAAAUAGAAAACCGCCACCGGAAAUUUGACUACGGAAGAAUAUUGGACCAUAUUUUUAUGUCCUUUGUUUUUGAUAUGCCUGAAUGAAUUUUAGUCUAAAUGAAAUGGCGCUAUUCGGUGAAAGCGCGGCACUCAAAUUUUACGAUAAAGAAAAAAAAAGAUGAUCCACGGAAAAUGUAAAUGUUUGAUUUCCCAAGAGGAUUGAUGGAGUAUUCUAAAGAGUUGUUGCGAAAUGAACUUCUAUUCAAAUAUUACGAUAGUUUUCGCAUCUAUCCGUUAAUUCCCGCGUCGCAAAGACGACUUUGAUUUCAUGCGCCUAUCUAGAGACUUGAUUUAAAUGAGUAAUUCUUUUGCCUAAGUGUAAUCUUUUCACAUGGAAUUAUAGGUUACGAUCUGGAGGCAAGUUAUAAUUAAUUUAAUCUAUCUACCUUUGAAAUCGAUCAACAUCACGUAUGUAACCUAUAUCGCAGUUUUGAUUACAGCUGAUCAGAUGCAGUGACUAAUAUCCUAAAAAAAAAUAUUUAUGUACAUACAGUUUCUCUCUAUUUAGCAACAAUUCUUCGUGCCGCAGUCAAAGCCAAUAUCUGAAUAUGUUUGCAAGCAUUAACAACAAGUUACUUGUUGGAGUAUUUGUCACUAAACAACUCAGAAGCUAUGUUGUGUGUUAAGGCUAAUCGUAAAAGCAAUUAUGAAAGUGUUGGCAGCAGUAAAAGUGUCAGUAAUGUGCCCAUGAAGCUGAGACUCAAAGUUUACCUGGAUGAAGGGCAGCAAGUGGCAGAAAUAUUUGUUACACAAGUGACGAAAUGCAAAGAUAUAGUGCAAAGGUUGCAACGGCAGAUCCAGGAGACUGAUUGCUAUCUGAUAGAAGUAUGGCAAGGAUGUGAACGUCUUGUACCUGAUAGUGAGUCGAUCUUUAGCACUUUACUUGAGUGGGGAAGCGAUCUGGAUGAUGUGAAGUUUUAUCUAAAACCAAGAGAGGAGAUACCAUCUUACUCACAAGCUGUUAAUGGAUUAUCAAGUCCAAGGGUUAAUGGUUUUAAGGAGGAAACACCACUUUCAAGAGAUGUUCUUUUAGGCGGAGGAAGAAUAUCAGUCAGUGAACUGAAAGAAUUUGCUGCUAGACAACAGCAGGAGAUUGCAGCCAAAGAAAAAGAACUAAAAGCGAAGCAGGUUCAGUUUAUGGAAAUGAGGCGGAAAUCGCAGAACAAACCUCAGAAUCCAUUUGUGCAGCAGUUGUCGGCUAAAGCCGAUGAACAGGAUCAGCGGCUGAGACAAUUGCGCCAUGCGCAGGACCAAACAGAUUCUUAUAAACUGAGCAAUGGUGCUUUGGCCGAGGAACUGGAGAAUGUACGUUCCCAUUUCAUGGAGAAAGAAAAGGAGUUAGCAAUAGCAGUGGCAAGAGUUGAAAGCCUCACUCAGCAACUGGAUAAACAGAGAAAGGGAUGGUCUCAGGCAACUCCAAGUCGACAGAAAACGCACCAAGAGCUGGAACUUGAACGACUUAGGAAGGAAUUGAUGACUCGGAACGAAUUGAAUCAUCAGCAAAGCGUGCAGAUCCAAUCCCAGAAACAACUUCUCGCCGAAAAACACAAAGAACUGUUUGAACUUGACGCCCAAAUUGACAGGCACACCAAUAAUAUACGGCAAAAAAGAUCCCAGGGUAACCACAUCUCUGCUUCGAACCAUCACAUCGUGAAUGGUGUCACUUCACCCACAGACGAACCAGAUUUUGUUGAGAUGGAUUACAGUAGUCUAAGGAGCUUCUCGAAACGACAGAAUAAAACUAACAACGCCGAGUCUAAAAGCGGAAACGGAAGUUCUCCUAUUACUUCCGGUUCCUUUCGCGGACGCGGUCGUAACGCCAGAAAGUUAGAAACGCUGCUUGAAGUAGAAGAGGAAGUUUCUGACGGUCACGUAAGUAAUAAAUCGUCUACGGAAGACCUAACACAAGGACCAGGACCACCGAGAGCGUCACGCGUGACAGAGCUGAAAUCACUCUUUGAAGCAGAAGCUGUGGCGUCUGCUAAGAUGGCAAGUCGGUUUCCUAGUCCUGCCCGUCGUGUGGAUCCCGAAGGAGUUGAAGCGCUUCCUAAACUGGCUGGUUUCGACUGUUUGCAUGCAGUAGGUGAAAAUCGUUCUGACAACGGAAGUGAUUUCUUUUACUGUUCGUCCUUGAAGUCAAAAACAUCUCAUGAAAACGAAGAGAAACAGAUAUCCACUUCACAGGAGGAAGCCCUUGAGGUUUCGCCUUUGUUAGAACCAAAACCUGAGCCAGCGUCCAAUGGCAUGGAGAGUUCAAGUCCUAGUGAUGGAGAAGAUUUUUCUGGAAAUAGUUCUCCUUUGUCAUCAGCGUCAUCGUCCUCUUCGUCAUCAAAUUCGUCCACCUCCAAAGCUGCAGUCUUUGCUAUUACAGGCGUUGUUAAGAAGCCAAGGAACUUCUCGCCUCAAUCAGAGAAACUACAGUCACAAUUCUCUGAAUCUUUUUCGCCGCAACGCGCACCUAAAGGACUUCCUAAUGGGAACAAGUUUGAAAACUCUAGAGCUCAGCCAGAGCAGCCAGUUCGUGGUGUUUUAACACCAAAAAGUAACGAUGGAAAUUCUCCAUUGCAAGCUCGCCUGGUCAAAUCAGAAGGCUUUUCAACAAAGAAUGAAAAUGUUGGUACCCUGGCACGACCGACGGUGCUUGAUUUUUCAAGAUCAAGAAUGAAACCUCAACAACCAGUAGAAGAAAGUGCUCAGAAUAACCAAAUGAUUGGUAGUAAAGUCGAAGAACAGUUUUCCAAUCCAACCGAAGUGGAAUCUUUAGCGACCAAACUUGAAGAAUUCAAUUUAAGGAGUACAACACCAGCUGCGAGUGCGCAAAUCGGUGGCGAUGUGGGAAACGAUUUCAAACGGACUGAGCUGAAAUCUAUGGAUUCAUCGGUUAAAUCUGGGAAGAUGCAGUUGUCUCGGCUUCGGUAUUCAACAGGCACUUCGGUAAACAGCGCUCUACUGCCACAAAAUGUGAUGGAAAACAGCGAAUCAGAAAAAAACGCGAAGGAUUUAUCGUCAAAACGAAACAAGAAAACAGCCCUAACAGAUGCUACAAGGACAAAUAACAUGGAAAAUUGAAGGCAUGCUUCACUGCAACGGUUAUCGCAAAACCCUAUCAAAACAAACAGCCGUGCUGAGAGAGAAGAUUCGUUGGAUUUUGGACCCUCAAGGGAAAAGGAAAGAUCUGAACAAACCUCAAACAGAAACAAUGAAACUGAUAGCUCAAGAAUGUUCUAUGAAACACAAAAUAAUGAUAACUUGACGGCCGAUGCAGCGAGAACUCCGCCAUUAGUGUUCCGACCAAUAUCUUACCGCGCGAAGAAGUCAGCUAUAUCUUCCGAUCGAUCCGAGCUCGGUUCAGCGAUUUCUAAUUCGGUAUCCAAUCGUGGCAAGUCGUCUUCACUUACGAAGAUAACGGUGACGCCAUCUGCUUCUUGUUAUAAUGAGAGGGAUACGAACAUUCCCGAGCAACGUUCGCCUGUUCCGACUAGUAAACGAUCUAGGUUUAUGUUUCACGGCGUGGCUCCGACUUCUUCCGAAGGUGAAAGUUUACUUAGUGGCACUUCUAACGAGAGUAACGAGAAAGAACGUAAGGAAUUCGGAGACGAUGGAAAUUUGGAUAAGAAAACCGGACUCAUAAAUACACAGACAGAUAAUAAAGCACAAGGAAACACAAAUGCUCGUCCCAAUUCCAAACAAGUCGUUUCGUCAUUCAAUAUACAGCUAUCAAGUCGGGGUAAAAAAGCGAAAGAAGGACAGGAAGAAAUUUCUUCGCCUGAGAAAAUGAGUAGAUCUCAUCCAGGGGAAGAAAAUAAUGAAUCUUCGGAACCUGUCUCAUCAAGAAGGAAAAUCUUCGACGGUAAAGAACCCACUGACGACAAAGGUCGACUCAGUUCCAAAAAUGAACGAAUUAACUCCGAAAGAAACCGAGCACCUCCCGAAAUCGGGCCAUUUUAUCACGACAGGGAUAAUUUAAAACCCGAAAGUGGUCGACUUAGCUCCGGAGUUGGUAGACAAGAUAGCGAAAGUAUCCGAAUUAGUCCGAAAUGCGGUAGUGAUGGAGCGAUCACAAACACACCAAUUGAUUCAUAUUCCGAACUUCCCUUAUUUUCGACUACAAAUGUUCCGAAUGCUGGAGGUAAUUUUCAAAAAAGCCAAAUUCAACAAGCAGGUUUGUUCAAAAAUGUGUUCUGUUCCUCAGAAGAUGGGAUCCAUGGGUCCAACGCUGAACUGAGGCCAAAAGAUUCAUAUAAUAAAAAUGACACUCUUUCAGGAACCAACCAAGGUCAAAGAAACCUGGAAACAAAAGAAAAUGUAACAGUAAAAGAUUUCCCAGUUGAUAUCAAUAAUAUCAGUACAGCGACACCCUUGUCUGUAAACGGAGAUAUUCGACUGGCUAGUCAGUUGAAUAACUCCUUAUCAGAACGCCCCCAAGGAAAGCAGACUAUCGAUGACACUUCUAAUGUCGCACAAGCGAAUGGAGAUGUACCCUGUAAUUCUUUAGAAAACUUGUCCAGCAGUCCUACUGAGAAAGCUCCUACGCCUGCGCAGAAGACUUCUAAAAAGAAGAAGCCGAGACGCGUCAGCCUUGACCCACACGCUGUAUUGCUGGAUGCUGCGGUUGAGGGAGAACUGGAUCUAGUUAAACAAGUCGUUCGUGAGGUGGAUGAUCCCAAUAAACCGAACAAUGAUGGUAUCACAGCUCUUCACAAUGCCGUUUGCGCAAGUCACGAUGAAGUGGUUCAAUUUCUUGUGGAAUUCGGUGUGGAUAUCAACUCUCCAGACUCGCAUGGAUGGACUCCACUUCACUGUGCAGCCGCUAACAACGCCACAGAGCUGGCUCGCUUCUUGAAUGAACAUGGCGCUUGUAUUUUCGCUGCUACUUCACUUGAGAAGAAAACUCCCAUGCAAUGCUGCGAGCGUGGUGUACCUGGUUACUUCAGCUGUAUGAAAUACUUGAACGAUGUUCAGGAAAACUUCGGACUCGUUAAUGACGGUCGAGUUUACGCCCUCUACACCUACACAGCUGUUAAGGACGACGAGUUGAGCUUUGAAUGUGGCGAGGAAUUACUGGUACUAACGCGGGGAGAUGAGACCGAGAAGGAAUGGUGGUGGGCCAGGAACAACCGCGAGGAGACUGGGUACAUACCGAGAAAUUUACUUGGGUUACACCCCAGAAUUUCGCCCGUUUGACGAGGAAGAAGGAACGUUAGUUCAGACAAAUUGAACAACAAUGACAACUACUACUUAGCUUGCUCAGUGACGGUGACGAAACGAAAAGGCAACGUCUUUUAACGGUAUUUCAACCGCACGCUAUUGGCAAAUCGGAAAUCAACAGCUAUCGGCAUGCCUUGAAGUUUCUCAUGGCAUAUGCAGUAAUGAUCAAAUUUAUGUUUUGCGUGACAAAAACUCAAAUACGCUCGAUUGCAAAAAAACGUUGGCUCGAUUACCAGCCGCUGGUCUCGCGCUCCUCUCCCUACUCAGGCAGGAACGAAAAAGACCGGACUCGAGAGAGCGGUGGAAAUCGAGCCUACAAAAAACGCUGACACCUGAAAAGCGUUGGUAAUGAGCGAGGAGACCUUGAGGUACACUGGUUUUUGUACAUGAUAAUCAAAACAAGUUGCAUGUGGUAAAUGAUAGAAGCCAUCCAUGCUAUCCUGGAAGAGAAAAAUACUUAUGGAAAAAGGUUUGCCAUGAAAAAUGGAAAAAAAAAAUAAAGCACUGAGUACGUAACCGUGCGAACAUUUCUCCUAAGCCGUUGGGUCUUAAAAUGCUUUUAAUGAAGGAUGAGACCCAACAGCAUCAUGGGUAUACACGAUAACCUCAAUUAAUUGCACACGGUAAAGGUGAAAGCUAGCUCAGUUUUCCAAACAGGAAUUAAAUAUUAUGAAAGAGAUUUGCCAUAAAGAAUUGGAAAAAUAAAUAUGUUUGUUUUAAUAUUCAAACACUGCCUCUUAAAAAAAGCAAUCAGGUUACAAUGUUCAUAAUUCAUGUUUUUUUGUUGCCAACAUUACUAAAGUGCAGUGUAUAAAACCAUAAGUUAGAUCACAGGCGGCCCAAGCUCUCUUUGAGAACCACACAAGGAACACAAUUUGCCUAUUUAUAAGGAUUUG